CAGUCGCAUAUUUCGAAGACUCAGUUUCUGGUAUUUUUUGUUGUUACAGGUUACUUUAAGUACUUUAUUCUGUCUUCUAAAUCAGUUACGAUAUUGUUAUUAGUCGUAUUUGUUUGGAAUCUCUGCAUUUAAGACCUCUGAACAGUUAUCAGUUAUUAGGAGUUGCUGAUCGCGAAGACUUGCGAAUCCGUCUCACAUGGCCAAAAGCGCCGUAAACGCCGAAGAGCUCGGCGUGGAAAUUGACAUCGGCAAUCUCCUCUUAUCCGAUCCGCGACCACUUGCACCAGUCUCCGAUGGAGAAUCCACGGACGCCGUCAUUGAGCGCGAGAUGGCCAAAUUGAGCCAGAUGCUGGUGGAGCGCAUCUGGGGUCUUCCGCUGGAGCGCCUCGAGGACGCCAUCGUCGCUGCGCUCCCAGCUCCCACCACGAUCCUGCCGCGUGAAAAACCUAUUCCCAAAGCGAAAGCUGUGACGAAAUGGGAGCGGUAUGCCCGGGAGAAGGGCAUUAAGAAGACCAAGAAGUCCCGGAUGGUGUACGAUGAGGCCACGAAGGAAUGGAAGCCGCGAUGGGGAUAUAAACGCGCUAAAAAUCCCGAUGGGGACUGGGUGGUAGAAGUGCCUGAUCAAGCAGAUGGUAUGAAUGAUCCUUUCGAGGAGCGCCAGACCGCCAAGAAGGAGCGAGUAGCUAAGAACGAACUGCAGCGUCUCAAAAACAUUGCGCGAGCUCACAAAACGAAAAUUCCUGCUGGAGGAAUACUGCCCGCAACGGAAGGCCGCAGUAUUUCGAAGGACGAAAUCGGCCAUGCGGCAUCGUUUGCUCGAUCGGCUACCGCCUCUGCUGGUGUCUUCACUGAGACCCUGCGGAAAGAAAAACCUCCGAAAAAUACUGGGAAAAAGCGCAAGUUUGAAAGCAAUUUCGGUGAUGGACAAACUGAGAAGAAUCGCAUGAUCGGCAUUCUCGAUGGGAUUAGCAGUAAAAAACCUCGAAUGGAUGUGGAGACAGCUGUGAAGCGUGUCGAGAGGCGUUCACAAAAACCGAAGCGAGAUUCCAGACCGCACAAUGAAGACGAAGGCCGGCCCAGUGGAGGACGGUUCGGAGGGAAGAGUCAGCGCGGAGGGAAGUUCGGCCCGUCGCGAGGUGGAUUUUCGCAGUCGCGCGGUGGGCAUUCACGAUCGCGGGGUGGACAUUCAGGUGGAGAUCGCCGCCCGAAAGGAAAAGAGUCGGGAUUUAACAAGCGCGGGAAAGGCCCGCGGCGAUGAGAGUUUUUAUGGGAUGCAUUUUAUGUUUUACUAACGGUGCUGUUCUGCAGAGCGUUCGGUUCUGCUGGAUUGAUAAAGUUAGAUUAUUUUCGGAAUAACAAAUUUUUGAUUGAGAAUAUCGACUGGUGGACUGCAUUGUAAUUGAACGUACAAUGUGCGAAUAAAAUGCCUUUGCUGG